AUGUCAUUAUCUGGAAGGUGUUGGAAUGUUACCAAAGCAUAUAUACCAUUAGAGAAACGCAAGAGUUUAAGUUUGACUGAUCAAGAUUCAGCGGAAAAGCAAAUACGCAUAAUGGCAAUUCAAAUGUGGAGAUCUAGAAAUGAUCCUACAGAUAGUUCUGAAGAAGAUGAAAAUAUCUAUACUGGGGCAAAGAAGGAGCAGACAGUAUCUUCACCAUUUUUACCUUCGUAUAUCAAGAGCUAUUCUGAAACACAGAUUAAGUCGACUAUAGUUGACCAUACAUGGAAAGUUGAUCAAUUACCUAAAUUUAUGUGUCUUCCUAAUAUGAGUAUGAUAAAGUCUCCACCGUUUCCAGACAGAGAUGUGGUCUGAAGGAAUGAAACAUGCGAAUUAUACUGACAAUGAGAUUGUCCCGAAAAAGGAGCAGACAGUAUCUUCACCAUUUUUACCUUUGUAUACCAAGAGCCAUUCUCAAACACGAUUUAAAGUGACUACGUCUGACUAUACAUGGGAAAUUGAUCAAUUUGGACGUUUUGCUGCAAUCGUAGAUACAUUAGAUUCUCCACCAUUUGGAGAAAACAACCAAUACAAUAUUCAAAUGAAUAUUUCACGUCAAGAUUUGCUAUGUGCAAUACGAAUUUCAAUUCGUACUAAUACAGUAUUUAGCGGUUCAUGUACUACUACUAUAAUGCAUCCGCCUG